UUUUUCCGACCCAUUCGAACUGUGCGGUUUGUAGGCCCUGAGGAAAAUGGGUACUACAUGCAACCAUAAGAGCAGAGAAACAUGUCAAUGAUCAGCUUCACUGCGCUUGGCAUUUCUUUAUGCAUGCAGAAGAUUAUGCUGUGCGCGCUUUCAUCGCUAAAGGGCCGACAUACUUUUCACCUGCGAAGGCACUUCUUUCUGGACUAGCCUGUCUGAUAGGUCGUGUCGGUAAGCCUUUAUUGUUCUGCUACGGCAAUUGGCUCAGUUCGAUCGCUAUGUGUAGGAGCGCGGGGCGCGUCCGUCACCGUCACCGCUCUUUGGGCUCGGCUUGCCGAGCGCGUUGGCCAGCACCAGGCCGCUGCGGUGUCGGUGAUUUUCCAUUCCAUUCACAGACUUCUCCUGCGACAACUCGUUCAGAAUUUGAAUGAAGUGAAAGUGUGCGCGUUUUCUUUCUCGCGAAAGCAAAGCACUACGCAGCCGACCUGAACAUUGCAUGUUCUCCUUGCAUGACCAGCGCCUUGGUUUCGACAUCACGGGGGACGAGGGAAGAAUUUAUUAUCCACACGACCGCGGCCCACGGAUACCACGGAAAGGAGACGAAGUGGCACCGGUCGCGUGCAAGGACAAGUUGCGUAAGCGAAGAGAUGUCUUCGCCUUUGCAUCAAUUUUCCUUGGCCGGUACUUCAGCGGCGCAUUUUUCGGACCAGAGCGCCUGGGUCUCUUUCAGAACCCCUUUCUUUAUCUGUUCAACAAAAGAGGUGCGGGCGGGGAAGACACGCCGGCCGCAGUUUGGAACGUUGACCUUAUCUCCGCUACGGACCGGAAGAAACUAGAAGAGAGUGGCAAGGAGGACAAGCAAGCUUUGGGAAACUUGCUCGAGUCUUGCGAGUUCCCCGGCUUUGGCUCUGACCCACCGCAACCAGGUUGGUUGCCGUGCUCUGGCGAUACAUUGAGCCCCUGGCUUGAUCCAAAAGAACUGUGUGUGUGUCAAACGGUGUACGAUCAAGACCUAAAGGACAUCUGGUCGGGCUUCCUCAAGAAGGACGCAACACCACAGCCGGAGUUGAAAUAUCUGACCUACAGGAUUUCCAGUUUGGUCGUGCAGGCUAUCCUGUGUGAAAAACUCAGCUUCUACUUCCCGAUCAUCCCACUUUGGAAAUGAGUACACACAAGUGGUGGAGGUCCACUUGUUGUUCUCGCAAAAAAAGUAACGAAAGCUUGUCGUAGUGGGCUCUGUGUUUUUGUCGUGGAGAUAUGGGGUCGUGGGAUAGGAAGAUUGUAUAUUUUCACAUUGGAUACCGCCCGUUUUCGAUUCUUUGUCCCAUUGGAAAAAGCGCCCACCGAUAUCCGUGCUCGCGGAUAUUCUCAGUUUUGCAGCUGCUCCUGCACAGUUUGGAGUACAACUACCGGUAGGGCAGGUUGAGGAGGAAAAACUUUUAGAAGUAGACGACGAUGCGCUAAAAAAGUGUGCGAAGAAAAAUGAAUUAGAGGAGGCCACGGGGAACGACGUGUGUGGAGACGAAGACACGAAGAGGUGCGUUUGUCAGUUUUCUCCAGGUAGUAAUCCGCAAGAGAAGCUACUCACUGAACUGGACGAAUUGAAGGAAUGCGCAGCGCAUGCGCAUAGGAGGGCGCUGCAUGUUACGCGAGCUGGGGAAGCAGCAGGCGAGGCUGGUAAAAAGGCUGAAAAAACUGGCGAGGCGAAAGCACCGUAGCUGCCGUGGGAAAAAAUGCUCAUUCCGCUAUAACAUCGGUAUGUAGAUGUACAGCCACAGCGAUCAUGAUCUCCAAGACCAGUGCCCAUGUGGCAAGAGCCGAGAAGUAAAUAGGAGUAGGUACUUAAAUUACAGCUACUUGUUUUUAU